CUAAUAUUCUAAGCUAAGAAGAAGAUGAGCUGCAGUUAUUUGUUAUGAUUUAGCAACCUUCGAUGCAUCAGCUGAGCAAGGCUUAUAUCGGUAAUAUUGUUACGUUUCCCGUAUUUUAUGAACUAGGGAAGUUAAGUUAAUUAACUACAGCUGUUUUCGGUUCCCUUCUUUUUUCGACCCCUGACUUCGCCUAACGUCCCACUUUAAUUUUAACAGCUGAAGUUCACGUUUCCCAGAAGAGUGAGGAGCAGCAAAUCAACACACAGCCUUGUGCAGACGCUGUCAGGGCUUUCCAACCUGUCCAUUAGUCCUCUGAAGUAGCUUGUCGUAGUGGAGGGACAGGAGGGAAACCCAGCAGGUAGAGAGGUAGCAGGACAGGCAGGACUCAGCAUGCCUCUGUUCUUCAGAAAGAGGAAACCCAGCAAUGACUCCCAGCAGAGAUUGGAAUAUCAGCUGUGCCGGUCUAAGGAGGCAGGUGCCGAUGACAUCCUUGAUAUUUCAGCUUGUGAGCUCUCAGAGGUUCCCUCCAGUGCCUUUUCCAUUUGCAAGGUGCUACAGAAGAAGGUUCUUAUCCUCCAUAACAAUCAACUGAGGUCAUUGCUGCCCAAAGGAUGUAACAUCAAUGCUCUUGCCACUUUAAAGGUUUUGGAUCUACAUGAGAACAAGCUUACUUCGCUCCCAGAAGACAUUGGGAAGCUGGCGUCACUGCAGAUUCUGAACCUGGAGAAGAACCGUUUAAACGCACUGCCGGACUGUAUUGGGGAUCUACGAUUUCUCCAGACACUCAAUUUGAAGGGUAAUUGUCUCAGUGAGCUGCCGUCUUCAGUUGGUUCUUUGAGCAGCCUGCGCACCCUGGACCUGAGUGACAAUAGCAUCGUCCAGCUCCCCAAAGCUCUGGUCUACAUCCGCACCCUAGAGAGCUUUACACUUGAUGCUGCCAUGAUGUCCUACCCCCCUGCGUCCGUGUGUGAAGAGGGCACAGAGAGCAUCCAACGCUUCCUAUGCACCGAGCUAGGAGAGGAGUAUUGCCCCCCAUCCCAGUAUCUCCUGCCGGUGCUGGAGAGUGAGUGUGGGAAACAGGACUCUGACUGUGUUGAUGGCUUGGAGGAAGCCUGGCUGAACAAAUUCAGUGACUACGAGAAGAGAAAGGAGCAGAAGCAGCAGUCGAAGCUGGCCUUCGAGCGGCACCUGGAGGAGAAGAAAAAAGAGCACACCCAGCUUGUACUCAUGAACUCCUCCCACAAGGAAAACAUCCUCAACUCAGUCCGACAGGACCAGGAGCGUCUGGAGCUGGAGGUCAGCCAGCAGCAGAGGGCUCAGGAGGUCGAGAGGCUGCUGGUGCUGGAGAAAGUCAGACAAGCUGAAGACAGCAUCAGCAGUCGCAUCUGCAACAUGUUGAUGGACAAAAACAGGCAGAAAAAAAGUGCAGAGUUUCUUCAAGCCAUGGAGGAAGAUCGGAUCCGUAUGGAGCACCUGACUGCCAUCACACAGGAUGAAGCCAAUUCACUUAGGAAGAGGGAGGUGGCAGUUGCCAUGCAGAAACUGCUGUCAGACAGUUGUGCUAUGAGCCUCCUCCAGGAGGCCAGUGACUUUCGCAGACAGAGCCUGGUGUCUGAGGCCUGCAGAAGUAUGGAGAAUUUGGACCGGAAGUUUGAUAAGAUGCUGUCCCUCCAAGUUUUGGACAAAUCUAAAGCCAUCGCCCAAAUCUUACAGGAGGAGGAGAUGCAGAAAACAGCGUUCCAGGCCCUACAGCUGCAGAAAGAUGCUGUACACGGCUACAUCCGUAACCAGAUCAAUCUCAUAGAGGGGGAAUUAAUGCAGCUGACUAGAUUGGAGAUUAAAAGACGCAAUCUGGAUGCUGAGAACCUGCAGGAGGUGCUGGUGGAGCAGCGCACAGCUCUCAGUAACUUGUUGCAGCAGCUGCUGAAGCAGAGAGACCAGCGAGAGCAGGAGCUCCGGCAGGUUCUGGUGGAGAUGGAGCUGAAGUCUGAGUCCAAUCAGCAGAACUACUGGAUGAUCCAGUACCAGAGGCUGUUGGAUGCCAAGCCGCUGUCUGUGCGCAUGCAGGAAGCGGGCGUGGAGAAGGAGUUGGUCAACCUGUUGUGCAAGCUGUCCGCUCAGCACUACCUGCCCAUCUUGGCUCAUCAUCGAGUGACAAUGGAGGCCCUUCGGCACAUGAACUCAUCAGACCUCAAGAAGCUUGGCAUUAAUGAAAUAGGAAUCCAGAAAGCUCUUCUGGACGGGGCUUGGGAACACUACCCUGAAGGAGCUUGUAAGGCUGUCCAUCAGGACGAAGAGGCCGAAGUUGCCCCCACAGCUCCACCCCCUUGCUCCCCUCCGUCGUUUCCCAGUACCUCCACCAUCCAGAUGCCCAGCCCACCACUCACCCCAGGGACCCCCGUCACCCCCUCCGCCCCCAGCCCUGUGGAUGGACCGGGGGACUCAGAGUGUGUGGUCUGCAUGGAGACCGGGUCUCAGGUCAUCUUCCUGCCCUGUGGCCAUGCAUGUUGUUGUCAGGUGUGCAGCGGCGCUCUACAGAACUGCCCACUGUGUCGGGGGAACAUAUCCCAGCGCAUUCGCCUCUACCACAGCUAGGACCAACUGCACUGUGCUACUCCUUCACUCUUCUUUAUUUAUGCAUGGUCACAAAGCUGCUGUGAGCUGACCUCAUGUAUAAAAAAAAAAAGCUUUGAGCAGGUUUUAGAAGAGCUGAGUCACUUUAUUGUAUUAACAAAAAGAAUAAAAAUAGAUUUAUUUUAAAGUGUAACUCUUGCCAAAAUGCAACCUAAGGUGUUUUUGUUUAUGUCAAAACUUUUGUUAAAAAGCAUAAUCAGGACGUAAGCCCCACUUUUAAGAUUCACCGUAUUUUAGUUUUUUUGGUCAAAUGGUCAAAUUUUGAAUGGGAGAGUUUAUGCUAGCCUCAAAAUCGAUGUUUUUAGAACACUAAGAAGCCUCAACGCAACAUGAGACUUUGCUCCAAGUAUCACCAGGGGCUCUACACAUUAACUCAGCAUUGAGAACAUUGUUUGUGUUCACAGAGUUUACUAAAAAGGUUUUGAACAACUUAACCUUUGCCAGUCAAAAAGAGUCGAUCUCCAAAUGCAUUAGCCUAACAAGCCAAACCCACAUCAUCAAGAUGUCGGGUCUGGGAACUCGCCACUGGCAGGGCUCAAUCUGAGGGACAGGAUGAACGGUUGGCUUUCAAAUUCCCUCUGCACGCUACAACCAGACAGAGCAACGCUGGUGGACAUAUUAAACGUUUGCCGUAUCCGGUCGGCAAAACUCCGAACACAUCUUCCUUUUUUAAGAAUGACUUCAGUGCUUCCAGUGUCGCGGCCAAAGCCGAUUCGAAAGACAGUCUUCUUUGUUUUCAAGUAGCAGGGAAUUCACGCGGAACUCUGCCGUCCUUAUGUAAGCCCGCCCACCGACUCUAUACACAAUGUUACUGUGAUAUGUGAGUUUAUGUGUAGAGCCCGUGUGAGACUUGGAACAAAGUCUCAUGUGACAAAAUAGUGAUGCAAUCAUAGUAGUGUCCCAAGCUCUCACAUUCAAAGGCAUUUGACCUAAAACAAGGAUACGGUGAAUCUUAAAAGUGGCGUUUCCGUCCUAAUUAUGCUUUUAAAUGAAAGUUUGACUCGGGUACAUUCACAAAAAGACCCUAGGUUGCAUUUUGGCUAGAGUUACACUUUAACUGUGUUGUGUUUUUGGUUUUGUGAGCCUGUUUUACUUUGUUCUUUUUAAAUAUUUUUGUUAUAUUUUUUUAAAUUAUAUGUUUAGAGCCAAGUGGACUACACCACUCCCUGGUUGAAGACUUUCUUACUAUAGUUUCUCAAUUGAUGUGUGCCUUCUUUUGCAAAUGUCUUUUUUUUAACUAUGUGUUGUCUACCAAAGUAACACCUAUCCAACAUUUAUAGAAGUUAACAUAAAACAUGAUCUAUUGAUUGUUUUUGCUUUGGCCAUCAUUGCUGGUUGUCAUUGAAUCACUGAUGCAACCUCAUCUUGCUGCUCUUCAAGUUUCCUGAUGGAAUUAUGGAUCUAGUGUUAAUAGGGUGGAUUAUAUAUCUAUGCAUAUCAAGACAAUUUGAGGGGAACUUAAUGCGGCCCAG